UAUAAACAAAUUUCACAACAGCAAAAAAAUAUCGCAUGUGGUUAAUAUUUUUAUAAACAAUUUAAUACAAAUUAUCCACAAUGCCUAUUAGUUGUAAAUCGAAUUGUGGAAAAAAUGCAUCUCUAAAGCGUCCAAAAACUGGAGAUGCUCUUUGCAAAGAGUGUUUCUUUGCUGCAUUUGAAGCUGAAAUCCACAAUACAAUCCAAGACAGUGCACUCUUUAGAAAGGGGGAGAAAGUAGCUGUCGCUGCCAGUGGUGGCAAAGAUUCCACCGUUCUCGCUCAUGUCCUGAAACUUCUUAACGACAGACACAACUAUGGUCUCGAUUUAGUACUUCUCUCAAUUGACGAAGGUAUAACUGGCUAUCGAGAUGAUAGUUUAGAAACGGUCAAACAAAAUCGAGAUGAUUACAAAAUGCCUUUGAAAAUUCUAUCCUAUGAAGAACUAUACGGUUGGACAAUGGAUCGAAUUGUUGGACAAAUCGGUCGAUCAAAUAAUUGUACCUUCUGUGGUGUAUUUCGUCGACAAGCUUUAGACAGAGGAGCCAAACUACUUGAAGUUGAUUGCAUUGCAACUGGACACAAUGCAGAUGAUAUAGCCGAAACUGUUUUGAUGAAUAUCUUACGUGGGGAUACAGCCAGACUACGACGUUGUACUGACAUCAAAACUGGCGGCAGCGAAGAUUCUAUUCCUCGAGUUAAACCAUUGAAAUAUGCUUAUGAGAAAGAAAUCGUAAUGUAUGCUCAUUAUAAAAAGCUUGUUUACUUUUCCACAGAAUGUGUUUUUGCUCCGAAUGCUUAUCGAGGACAUGCAAGGGCAUUCCUUAAGGAUUUGGAGAAAAUUCGACCAUCUGUGAUUAUGGAUAUUAUUUAUUCUGGAGAACAAUUGGAAUUUAAGGAUACUAUAAAGAAACCCGUUCGGGGGAUAUGUGAACGGUGUGGCUUUGUAUCAUCUCAACAACCCUGCAAAGCUUGUGUUUUGUUAGAAGGACUCAAUCGAGGACUUCCGAAAUUGGGAAUUGGAAAGAAGUCAAAGGGAGAUCGGAUGAUUGCGAAUCAGGAAAGAGAAAUUGCAUUGCGAGAGAAGGCGAAUUUGGUAAAAAAUGAUUUUUAAAAGUGCAAUAAAUUUUUUUGUUAUAAAA